AGCAAGACUCCAUCUCAAAAAGAAAAGAAAAGAAAGUGAAGGACCUUUUGUGUCCUAGACCCUUUUUUGAAAGGGGGUUUAUCCAGGAAUUAAUAGAAUUCCUAAACUGGAUUCAUAGAACUAAGUAGCCUUACUCUGCAUUGUCUGCAGGGCAAAGUUGUACCCAUGUUUCUUUCAGGAUGUGCACUUGGUACCUAAAGGGCUAGUGUGACAUACCCCACACCUAACAGUAUGCAUGUCAUUUCAUAUCAUUUCGAUUUCAGUGCAAUUUCUGAUGGCUGCUAUGUGUCUGACACUGUGCCAUGAGCUGUAGGAGAAACAAGUGAACAGGGGACAAUCUCGGCCUUUAGGAACACAGGGGAGCACUCAAGGCCAAAUAAAAUCAGUGCCCUCCUGGAGCUUCUCGCAGUGUGUUUGGGAGCAGAGGAUGGAGCACCAACUACUAGUUCUGCUCAGUAACACCCUCCAUUUGCAUAUAGCGCCUAACUGACUUCCAGAGUCUUUGUAGAAACCUUAACUCAUCUGGAGUUAUCAGGGAGCUGCAAAAGGGUGGGGACUAUUGAGCCAGGUUUUGAUGACCAAGAAGAAUUCCUAGGCCAAGGGAAGCAGUUUCAGAAACAACUCUCCAAGUUGCGUUUCCAAGGAAAGUCUUAACCAUUUGUCCCUUCUGGCGUACCCUCUUUCAUUGAAAUCCAUGCAGAAUAUACCAGAGAUGGGCAGUAGCGAACCCCUUCCCAUCGCAGAUGGUGACAGGAGGAGGAAGAAGAAGCGGAGGGCCCGGGCCACUGACUCCUUGCCAGGAAAGUUUGAAGAUAUGUACAAGCUGACCUCUGAAUUGCUUGGAGAGGGAGCCUAUGCCAAAGUUCAAGGUGCGGUGAGCCUUCAGAAUGGCAAAGAGUAUGCCGUCAAAAUCAUCGAAAAACAAGCAGGACACAGUCGGAGUAGGGUGUUUCGAGAGGUGGAGACGCUGUAUCAGUGUCAGGGAAACAAGAACAUUUUGGAGCUGAUUGAGUUCUUUGAAGAUGACACAAGGUUUUACUUGGUCUUUGAGAAAUUGCAAGGAGGUUCCAUCUUAGCCCACAUCCAGAAGCAAAAGCACUUCAAUGAGCGAGAAGCCAGCCGAGUGGUGCGGGACGUUGCUGCUGCCCUUGACUUCCUGCAUACCAAAGGCAUUGCUCAUCGUGAUCUGAAACCAGAAAAUAUAUUGUGUGAAUCUCCAGAAAAGGUGUCUCCAGUGAAAAUCUGUGACUUUGACUUGGGCAGUGGGGUGAAACUGAACAACUCCUGUACCCCCAUAACCACACCAGAGCUGACCACCCCAUGUGGCUCUGCAGAAUACAUGGCCCCUGAGGUAGUGGAGGUCUUCACGGACCAGGCCACAUUCUACGACAAGCGCUGCGACCUGUGGAGCCUGGGUGUGGUCCUCUACAUCAUGCUGAGUGGCUACCCACCCUUCGUGGGUCACUGCGGGGCCGACUGUGGCUGGGACCGGGGUGAGGUCUGCAGGGUGUGCCAGAACAAGCUGUUUGAAAGCAUCCAGGAAGGCAAGUAUGAGUUUCCUGACAAGGACUGGGCACACAUCUCCAGUGAGGCCAAAGACCUCAUCUCCAAGCUCCUGGUGCGAGAUGCGAAGCAGAGACUUAGCGCCGCCCAAGUUCUGCAGCACCCAUGGGUGCAGGGGCAAGCUCCAGAAAAGGGACUCCCCACGCCGCAAGUCCUCCAGAGGAACAGCAGCACAAUGGACCUGACGCUCUUCGCAGCUGAGGCCAUCGCCCUUAACCGCCAGCUAUCUCAGCACGAAGAGAACGAACUAGCAGAGGAGCCAGAGGCACUAGCCGAUGGCCUGUGCUCCAUGAAGCUUUCCCCUCCCUGCAAGUCACGCCUGGCCCGGAGACGGGCCCUGGCCCAGGCAGGCCGUGGUGAAGACAGGAGCCCGCCCACAGCACUCUGAAAUGCUCCAGUCACACCUUAUAGGCCCUAGGCCUGGCCAGGCAUUGUCCCCCUGGAAACCUAUGUGGCUAAAGUCUGCUGAGCAGGCGGCAGCCUCUGCUCUGUGGCUCCAUUCAGGCUUUUUCAUCUACGAAGGCCCUGAAGUUCCCAUCAACCCCCCAUUUCCCUAGGGUCCUGGAGGAAAAAGCUUUUUCCAAAGGGGUUGUCUUUGAAAAGGAAAGCAAUCACUCCUCACUUUGCAUAAUUGCCUGCAGCAGGAACAUCUCUUCUCUGGGCUCCACCUGCUCACCCGCCUGCAGAUCGGAGAUCCGGCCUGCUCUCACCGCUGUAGCGGCGGCGGCUGGGGCUGCAGCCUGCAGGGAGAAGAAAGAAGCAUCAGUUGACAGAGGCUGCCGACACGUGCCUCUUCCCUCUCUGCUCUGUCACCCUCCUCUGGCGGUCCUUCCACCUUCCUCUGUCCUCCGGAUGUCCUCUUUGCCUGUCUUUUCCCUUGGCUGAGCAAAGCCAUCCCCUCAAUUCAGGGAAGGGCAAGGAGCCUUCCUCAUUCAGGAAAUCAGAUCAGUCUUCCGGUCUGCAGCAUGGAGAAGCACAUAAUCUUUCUUUGCCGUGACCGAAAUGUGUCCCUCGUUUAUCAUCCCCUUUGUUUGUGAUUGCUGCUAAAGUCAGUAGUAUUUCGUUUUUGUUUUUUUUUUUUUUAAAGUUUGGUUUUUUUAACCAUGCUGUUCCAGCAAAGAUGAUACCUUAAGCUCCCACUGCAAGCCCAUGAACUUCCCAGAGAGUGGAACGGCUUGCUCUUCUUUCUGGAAUGUCCAUGCAUUUGGGUUUUAAUCAGCAGUUCCCUAUUAUUCUGAUUUUAAGCUGUUCCUAUGACAAACUUAGAGACAGCGUCAGUGUCUGCUUCUGUGUCCUCAGGUCUUGUGUGGGUGGCACAGAUCUGGGCAGUUAGAUAGAGCUUUGUGCCUGAGGUGAAGCCACACUGGGGUGAAGCCUCACUUCCCUGUUUGAGUGAUGCAGUGCCUGCUGCCCAAGUGCGUGAAGGUACAGCCAUUCAGAUAAGCAGAACUAUUGAGUUACAUAAAGAAAAUAGAUUUGCAUUUGUCAGGCAGACGUUUAUACAACACCACGGUGCUUUUAUACAUUGUGCUUGUUUUAAUAAAACUGAAAUUCUAGCUGUGGCCUA